AUGGCCCCAGAAGACACCACUGCAGAGAGAAGAACAACACUCACAGAAGUGACAGCUGACCCUCCUCCAUUCUCAGAGGUUGAUGAUGAUAAUAAUGGAGAAGAAAACACGAGAAGCUGGUGGAAGAAACUUUGUGACAUGGAAGAGACCAAGAAUCAACUCUUAUUUUCAUUACCCAUGAUUCUUACCAAUCUUUUCUAUUACGUCGUAACCUUGAUUUCUGUCAUGUUUGCUGGUCACCUUGGCCACCUUCAGCUUGCCGGAGCCACACUCGCCAACUCUUGGGCCUUUGUUUCUGGCUUCGUUCUCAUGACUGGAUUAAGUGGAGCACUCGAGACACUUUGUGGCCAAGCAUUUGGUGCCAAACAGUAUAGAUUGUUGGGGAUAUAUCUACAAGCAUCUACCAUAAUAUCAUUCUUCUUCUCACUUAUUAUAUCAAUUGUUUGGUUAUAUACCGAAUCUAUUCUCAUUUUGCUUCACCAAGAUCAUAAUGUUUCAAAACAAGCAUCUCUAUACAUUAAAUACCUUAUUCCAGGACUGUUUGCUUAUGGAUUUUUGCAAAGCAUAUUAAGAUUUCUCCAAACCCAAUCAGUUGUCUGGCCACUGGUCUUCUUCUCAGCUCUACCAGCAGGAAUUCAUUUUGGCGUCUGUUAUGCUUUAGUUCAUUGUACAUCCUUGGGUUACAAGGGAGCGGCACUGGCAACUUCAGUUUCAUUAUGGAUAUCGGUCCUUUUGUUGUCGAUUUAUGUCCUUGUUGCAAAGAAAUUUGAACAUACAUGGGAAGGAUUUUCUCUUGAAUCAUUCAAUUUUAUCUGGACAACCUUAAAGCUAGCCCUGCCCUCUGCAGCAAUGGUUUGCUUGGUGAGCUUGGCUUUCGAGAUUCUAGUGUUCUUGGCUGGAUCUAUGCCAAAACCGGUACUAACUACUUCCUUGGUUGCAAUGUGUAUUAAUACAGAAGCCAUAGCCUACAUGAUUACCUACGGUGUUAGUGCAACUGCAAGCACGAGAGUGUCAAAUGACUUGGGUGCAGGAAAUAUCAAAGGAGCUAAGAAUGCCAUGGUUGUGACGCUCAAGCUCUCUGUCAUGCUUGUCCCUAUAUUCAUUCUGGCUCUAGCCUUUGGCCACACCACCUGGGCUAGCUUCUUCAGCAAAAAUCCUGAAAUAAUAAAGGAAUUCUCCUCUUUAACACCUUUUCUCAUGAUCUCAAUUGUUCUAGAUUCUGUGCAAGCUAUAUUUUCAGGGGUGGUUAGAGGAUGCGGGUGGCAGCAUAUAGCAUUGUGGGGUAACUUGGCAACAUUCUAUUUCAUUGGCAUGCCGAUCGCCGUAAUUCUUGGAUUCAUGUUGAAGCUUCACGCUAAGGGUCUGUGGAUUGGCUUAAUAUGCGGCCUCUUCAGCCAAGCCACCACUCUCAUAUUCAUUACUUUCUGUCGAAAAUGGACUCAAAUGAGCAUUCCCAUUAACAGAUCAAGACAAGAAACCUCAAUUGUUGUUUAACCAAACUUCCUCGCUCUAUGGUUAUAGUAAACAUUCAUCUGUGUAGAGACAAAGAAAAGUUUGAUUAUUUUCCACUUCCCAAUCCAAGACUUUUCAAUUACAAAGGCUACAUUAAUAUUUGUGUGCUGCAGUACUGAGCAAUGGGGUCUAAUUUUA